CCCGGAAGUAGUUGUGAAUCAAAACAAAAAUGGCGAAGGAUGAGCUAACGAACGAAAAUAUUGAAUAUGUUCGGAAAGGAUUCGAGAAGAAAUAUGCAGACAACCUGAAGAAGAACGAUGUGUAUGACAAGCGAGAUGUGGACAGAUUUAAGGAUAGUGAUGAUUAUGUCAAGACAUUCAUCAGGGGCAAGGAGAGGCUAGAUGAGGCGGUGGAUCUGGUCCAUGAGUCACUGAAGUGGAGAUUAGAAUGGCAUAUAAAUGAUUUGACGGAGGAUAGCUUUGAGAGAUGGGUAUGGGACAAAGGGGCCUUAUUUUUCCAUAACACCGACAAGGAUGGCCACAAGAUCUUGACUAUCCGGGUGUGCCUCCACAAGAAGGACCCACAGACCCUGCCUAUCAUCAAGCGGUUGUUCUCGUACCACCUGGAGCAACAUUUCAAGGAGACGCCGCAUGAACAGGUGGUCAUUAUGUUUGACAUGCAGGAUGCCGGACUCUCUCACCUGGACAUGGACCUAGUGAAGUACGUCAUCAACAGCUUCAAGUACUACUAUCCCUGUAUGCUGGCAUACAUGCUGAUAUUUGAGAUGCCUUGGAUUUUGAAUGCUGCCUGGAAAGUAAUAAAGACUUGGCUGAGUGCUGAGGCUGCAGCUAAGAUAAAGUUUGUGACGAGGAGUGACAUCCAGGCCUACAUCAACAAGGACCAGCUGGUGGAGCGCAUGGGGGGCACGGAUAAGUUCAAGUACAAGUAUGUUCCCAGUGCCAGUCGGACUGAGGGGGACGGCAGCGCUACUGUCAACUCCGCAGCCAGGAAAAGGAGCAAAGAGGUAACUUUUGCGGACCAAGAUCCAGCUGUCUUCAAAAGUAUCAGUGUAGACAAAGAGGACAUCAACACAAAUUCUAAUGCAAAGGAAAGUAAACCCCUCACACUGAAUCUGUCUCCUUCAAACUUACGUUCCCCACGAACAAGCCCCUCCCCGAUGGCACGGAAACAACAUAGAGAUGAGAACUCCUUCAUUGGCAGACUACUCACAGUUAGUCCUGCUGAGGAGCUGGAAUUUAAUGUUGAUGAGAAUGGCCGGGAAUCUUAUGACAUAAUAUCUCUCACCAACACACUUCCAUAUGCCGUGGCAUACAAAGUGAAGACCACUUCCCCCGAGAAGUACCGUGUGCGCCCCAGUUCGGGUGUUGUGAAGGCUGGAACUUGUACAGAGGUGUAUGUCUACCUGCAGGCAGGCUACCAGAACAGCACCAUCCAGAAGGACAAGUUCCUCAUCAUGGGGAUGGACGUGACAGAUGACAGCACCACCGUCAGUGAGCUAUGGAAGAUUGUACCCAGGGACAGUAUCAUGGAGCACAGACUGCGCUGUGUCUAUACAUCCAGCAAGGGCUCCCCGGACACACCCACCAAGGAAAUACCCCUGUCAAUGCCAGAACAAGUAGCACGCAUGUCAAAACAGAUGGAUGAACUGGUUACCAGUAACAACCGCCUGGAGCAGCGUGUUCAGUGGCUGGUGUGGUCACAGAUACUCAUGUUGUUUGCUGUGAUAACCGCCAUUGUAGCCAUGUAUUUCUACGAGACAUCUGCAGGUGGAAGAUAUGGCUCCUGUGUUUCGUCACUAUUCUAAGACAUCAUUUCCCUCUCAGGCAAAUAAAAUGUAGCAAAUUCUUGUUUAAAAAUUGACCGUCAGUGUGACAAGUUAAAUUGAAAUAUACCAUUAGGAAAUUUUAUGUUAACUCACAAUCUUAUCUUAUGUUUGUAUCCGAUGUUCCAAUCAACAAAGCUGAUAUUUUCUGUCAGAUACAUGUUGAAAUGUGUUCAUUUGUUGUAAAGGAAAGAUUACCUGAAAAUUCAGAAUUUCCAAUAUUUCACUGGAAAAAUCUGACUUGUAUGUAUCACAAUUUUGGAUGGAAAUGAGCUCAUUAAAAAUAUUUCUUAAAAGAGGUGCUUGCUGACAUGCAAGUAGGAAACCCAAAAUAAUGUAUGAAAUUUGUUAAAGACAUCAGACAAUUUCUUGCUGUGAUACAAAAUGCAGAAAAAAACACUGUUCCGAUAUUUUUGUAGUGAGUCCUACAAGGAGAAUAAGACUAUAGAAACAAUAUUUAUUGCUAGUUUUGAAAUUUUUAUUAUGAUCUGAAGGGAAUAUUUUUACAUGCAAUAGUUUCUAUAUGUGAAAUCCAUUUAGAUUUCUUCUGUGAUAUUUAUUUAUAAUGUAAAGUAUUUCAUAUAUAAUCCAUGCAAGUGCUUGCUAGAAACGUUUGCAGAGAGGAGAAGAUACACAUUCUUGGAAUUUGAAAUUAGGUGGACCAUUGUAUACCCAGGGAAGGCCAACUGAAUGCUCAAGUUCACAGAUAUGACAUUUUUAGUUUUGUUUCCCAUCCCAGUGACAUGGUUCCUUGGCUGUAUUGACCUAUAGAAAUAUGGUCACAGCUGUUCAUGUUGCAGGAUUCCUAAACCGAUGCUGCCUCGUGGUACCGGAUUAGCUCUUUUAAUUGUUGCGACAGUUUUGUUUUUUACACUGCAACAUUUUGUUGUCACUACUGAUGCCUUCAUCAGGAAUUGAUUGUUGAAGAUUUGGGAAGAGGGAUGAUAAUGAAGGCUAUGUUGUUUGGAUUGGUACAUCCUGAGUUUUGACGACUGUGCAAUUUCAGUAGCUUUUUUACGAUCGGUUCUGUGUCAGUGAAGGUUUUCAAGAGCAUUUCAUUUCAUUCCAUGUCUCAGUGU